AUGAGUAACAUAUCGUCAUCAAGUGUGGUAUAUUGGGCUCUGAAUAACUAUGGUGUAACUAUAUUUGAUAUCAUUGUAAAUAUUAUAGUUUUAACUAUAGCAUCAUGGAUUAUAACAUUAAAUGUUAUAGUAUUAAAAGUUUUAUAUGAUAAAGAAAAUAAAGAUCCAUCGGAAUAUUUUAUCAUUAAUUUGGCCAGUGCAGAUUUAUUAACUGGGCUGUACCUAAUACAUAAUACGGUGUACAACUUCUCCAAUUUUCAGAAUCUGACUGAAUGUUUGUUACGUUUUGGAUUUGGAAUGAGUGUUACGAUAUCUUCUGUAUUCCAGUUAGUAGCCUUAUCAAUGGAUAGGUAUUUCAAAAUCAUGAAACCGUUCCGGUAUGGAAGUAUCUGUAAUAGAGGAGUCACAAUUACAGUUACCAUAAUAAGUUGGAGUCUGGCCGUAAUAAUUGGACUACUACCAGUUUGUGGCUGGCAGCAACCUUUGGACAAUCAUAAUUUCUGUGGUCUAAUGAAGAUCAUAACGAUCGGAUACUUUGAUCUUUUAGUGGUAGUCUUUUUGGUGCCUUUUUUUCUCCUGCUCGUUACUUAUAUAAGGAUUUUUAAAGAAGCUCGACGCCAUGCUACAUCAAUAAGUUGCUCGUAUCCGGGCAGCGAAUCCAAAACAACGAGACAUUCCCUGAAAUUCACAAAAACUGUUUUCAUUGUAGUGGGUACUUAUUUCAUCUGCUGGGUACCAAUGGGUACAGUUGUGGUACUUCAUGUGAGAGGUCAAUUAAACCAUUUGUCAUAUAUUGAAAAGGGAAAUUUACUCGUCUAUGCUAGCGCCUUGGCCUUUAUCAAUAGUCUAUUAAAUCCCAUUAUCUAUGCUUUUAAAAUGCCUCUAAUCAAAAGACGGUUUAGACAGGUAUUUUGUCGUAAAAGGGUACAUACUGAAGAUGUAACAAUGUACGCUGAAUGUGAUGGCAAUGUUAUAUCGGGAAAGAAUAGAGUUUCUAGUGUGACAGAGUACUAG